AUGCUUCCCCUUGCAGCCAAUGCUCAUGUGUCGGACACGGACAACUUCUUAUUGUCUGAGCGCGUGAAAUCGAUGCUAUCGAAGGACGUGAUUAUCAUGAUUGGAUCCGAGCGAAAUCCAUCCUGUGUUUUGCCUCAUCUCCCUCAUGAAGUCAAAAAGCAACAUACUUAUAAGUACCUCGGCACAACAUACUCGUUUACGUUGACACGUUUUAAAAAGAUGGCCCCGUGCACAAUGGAAUAUGCGUACGAUGUUGAGAAGAAACCCAAAGGAAAACCUGUGGAAAAGCGUUCUCUGAAGGUUUAUUACUAUCGAUGGGACAAGAGACGACUGCCGGUGGAGUUCGACGAAAUUUUACAAUUGGCAAUGCUGUAUAAACCUGAAAAAACGGUAUGCUCCAACUUCCUCCACACUAAUCAAAAUUAA